CUGCAGUCUGUACACAAGAGAAAGAGGGAGAGAGAGAGAGGGAAAGACAGAGACAGCCAGAGACCAGGUAAAGCGGUGGGGCCGCAGCCUCUCAGCCCUCAGGAGCUGGGACCCUGCCAGGGAUGCAGAAGGCAAUGAAGAUUGUCAAGGAUGAGGAUGGGCCCUUCAACGCAGCUGCGAAUAAUGUCCCCUCCUUUCCUCAUUGCCUACAGCUGGAGGCUCCCCGAGGGAAGGUUCCCCAAAGACACCUCUUCCCUGAAGCUCUCCAGGGCCCCUUUUCGCAGUUUCGCUAUGAACCUCCUCCAGGAGACCUUGAUGGAUUCCCCGAGGUCUUCGAGGGAGGAGGGUCCCGGAAACGGAAGAGCAUGCCCACAAAGAUGCCUUACAACCAUCCGGCGGAAGAAGCAGCCAUUGCUGAGGAGAGCAAGAGCCUGGGUCCUCCAAACCUGCCUCUGCUUUUCCCGCAGCCACAGCGCCCUAAGUGCGACUCUCAGAUGAUCGACCUGUGCAAUGUGGGCUUGCAGUUCUACCGCACCCUGGAGCACUUGGGGGGCAAACCCGUCAAGCAGGAGCCGGUGAAGCCCAGCGCCGUGUGGCCCCAGCCGACACCUCCUGCCUUCCUGCCUCCGCCUUUCCCUUACUACCCCAAAGUCCACCCGGGACUCAUGUUCCCCUUCUUCAUGCCCUCGUCCUCACCCUUUCCUUUCAGCAGGCAUGCCUUCCUGCCCAAGCAGCCCCCCGAGCCAGCGUUACCCCGGAAAGUCGAGCCUCUGGAAAGCGAGGAGACCAAGCAGAAGGUGGAAAGAGUGGAUGUGAACGUCCAGAUCGAUGACAGCUACUAUGUGGACGUGGGAGGGGCUCAGAAGCGCUGGCAGUGCCCCACCUGUGACAAGUCCUACACCUCCAAGUACAACCUGGUGACCCACAUCCUGGGCCACAGUGGGAUCAAGCCGCACGCCUGCACCCGCUGUGGGAAGCUCUUCAAGCAGCUCAGCCAUCUGCACACCCACAUGCUGACCCACCAGGGUACGCGGCCCCACAAAUGCCAGGUGUGCCACAAGGCCUUCACCCAGACCAGCCACCUGAAGCGCCACAUGAUGCAGCACAGCGAGGUGAAACCGCACAACUGUCGCGUGUGCAGUCGGGGCUUUGCCUACCCCAGCGAGCUCAAGGCCCACGAGGCCAAGCACGCCAGCGGGCGUGAGAACAUUUGCGUGGAGUGCGGCCUCGACUUCCCUACCCUGGCUCAGCUGAAGAGGCAUCUCACCACGCAUCGUGGCCCCAUUCAGUACAACUGCUCCGAGUGCGACAAGACCUUCCAGUACCCGAGCCAGCUGCAGAACCACAUGAUGAAACACAAGGACAUCCGUCCCUACAUCUGCUCCGAGUGCGGCAUGGAGUUCGUGCAGCCCCAUCACCUCAAGCAGCACUCGCUCACUCACAAGGGCGUGAAAGAGCACAAAUGUGGGAUCUGUGGGCGCGAGUUCACCCUGCUGGCCAACAUGAAGAGACACGUGCUGAUCCACACCAACAUCCGCGCCUACCAGUGCCACCUCUGCUACAAGAGCUUCGUGCAGAAGCAGACGCUCAAGGCGCACAUGAUAGUCCACUCCGACGUGAAGCCUUUCAAAUGCAAGCUGUGUGGGAAGGAAUUCAACCGCAUGCACAACCUGAUGGGCCACAUGCACCUGCACUCCGACAGCAAGCCCUUCAAGUGCCUCUACUGCCCGAGCAAGUUCACUCUGAAGGGGAACCUGACGCGCCACAUGAAGGUCAAGCAUGGAGUGAUGGAGCGAGGCCUUCAUGCCCAAGGUCUGGGCAGGGGACGACUCGUCCUGGCGCAGUCCACUGCUGUCCUGAGGAACCUGGAGCAGGAGGAGCCAUUUGACCUUUCCCAAAAGCGCAACGCAAAGGGGCCAGUGUUCCAGUCCGAUGUGGACAGCACACGGAGCUGCCUCUGCCAGGAGGAGGAAGAGGAAGAGGAUGGGGACGAGAGCAACAGCUAUGAGGCAGAGUCCUACAGCCCCAGCCUGGCACAGGAGAGCCAGCAACCCUGUGCGCCUGAGGAUCUGUCCACCAAGCAGGAGCAGACCUUCCGGGGCACCGGGGAAGGAUGCAGAGACGAGGAUGCUCUGGAAGAGCAGCGGGAGGAGAGUGGCGAGGACCACGAAGGCAGGGACACAGACUGCGCCAUCACAGACGAGCCCCUGGGCAGCAGGCUGUUGCAAAGCGGUGGGCAGGGCCCCCCUUUUUCCGAUUACUUAUACUUCAAGCACAGAGAUGAGGGUUUAAAAGAAUUACUGGAGAGGAAAAUGGAAAAACAAGCAGUCCUUUUGGGUGUCUAAGUGGACGGCUUUGAAAUUACAUUUGGAAAAUGAGAUCUAGGCAGUUCAAAUAUAGCUUUCUGCACGAAUUGUCAUUUGCUGGGGACAGGCGAGUGGCGCCAGUCUUUACAAAUGGUUCAGACUAAACGUGCGGGUGACACAAAAGCUUCUCAGGUCGUUCCUUGGGCACUUGGCAAUUUCAUACAGGUUCAGGGGCCCCUCAGUGUUAUUUUACACAUCACCCACAUGAUGAACGGAGCUCUCCUCUAGAUACCUAACUGCAAGCUGAACCUCAAGGUGCUUUUAGAAACUGUUUUCUUCUAACAUGCAAUAGGGUAAAAUGUCUUUCUAGUUGCAAAACUGUGGUGCUCAUGUUACUACCUUAGCAGUAACUCUUUAGUCGCAUAUUUGAAGGUUACAAUAUCAGAGACAAAAAUAUUAGCAGUUGUAUAUAAUAAUAGCCUCUAUCAAAUAGUAGAAACACAGGCAAUGAUGCAAGAGAUGGGCCUUAGGGAAGGCUGUUCUCAAGGAGUUCCUGCAGAUGUGAGCUAGGGCUUCAGGAGAAGGUAAAUCAUUUCUACUGAGCUCUUUGAUGCCUGGUUAGUUACUCUGUUCUGCCUCAGCUUCACUGGUCAGUGGGAGAUUUGGAGCACCCCCAUAAAUGUCUGGACAGUGCGUGGUGGUCCCAAAUCUUCAGACCAAAUCCCUUUCUCAAGAAGAGCUUCCUCACAGAGACCAUUGCCACCUCGUUCUGAGGCCUCAUGUUCCAAGAAGCAACUGAAAGGCGAGUUGCCACAGUGAGCGGUGGGGCUUGGGCUAUGAAAUGGGGUUCAGGACUUCUCCCUAAAACAAGCUCGACUUAUUUAUGGACCCACUAAUGCUAUAAGCAGGACCUGAGCUAUGAUCUCAGAGCUGGCUACAUGUGAGACUCAUCCACAAGAACCUCUAGAAAACACUGAUGUAGCUAGGCAUGGUAGCUCACAGCUGUAAUCCCAGAACAUGGGAGACUGAGGCAGGAGGGUUGCCUCAUGUUUGAAAUCUGACUAGGCUACAAAGGAAAACCUUCUCUUUAAAAAAAAAAAGAAAAGAAAAGAAGAGAAAUGAAAGAAAGAAAGGAAAGAAAGAAAGAAAGAAAAAAGAAAAGAAAAAAGAAAGAAGCAAAUCCACCCAUGGUGGGGCCUUACCCUGUGAGGUUCUAGCUUUAACACAUCUGGAGUGCCACCCCCCAGCACUGGGAGUUUCCAGAUCACCUCUAGGUGCCUCUUAAAAAAGAAGCACACAGUUCUCACAUCGCCCAGUUCUGUGUCUGCUGGGACACCUUCCCACUGCCCUUACCUAUUUCUGAUCUUGACUUCAGACUCUCUGAAGAGAAUAGGAGACCUGUAAACACAAUGCUGACUUUUGCCUUUGUUCUUAUUCUGUCGUUCUCCCAAGGACACACGCAUGCACACGCACACACUAUGGACAUACACUUUGCGUGUGUGCAUCUGAAGACAAGGCCUGUGAUGUUUGUGGCCCCCAGCAUGGCGAAAGAUACAUGUUGACUCUUGGUCUUGCCCAGGGGCUUGAACUGCUGUUGCAGGACCUGUAUGAUGGCUGUGUUGGCCUACCAGCUGGGCCUUCUUAGACCCUGCCACCGUGGGAAGCAGCACUGGCAGGACAUUGCAUUCAUGUCUCUGAGUCACGGUAGGUACCAGACUGUGCUCGUGUAAAGCCUGCCUCUUGCUUGAGAGUGUCAACAUUCUUGGUAAAGCCAGGUUCUAGUGACUGCAUUGCUGUCUCUCCUCCCAAAGUGCCCAGCACAUCCCUUUAGAAGAUCCAGCCCAGCUCCAACCAGAUGCCGCUUUCCCCAUCAGAGAAGCUGCUUCUCCAUGACCCUCAUCCUUUCAGCCCUGUGCUCAGAGAACCUCUCACCCAUGUCGCCUGCCAACAUCCUAAAAUUCCUCCCUCUGUCAUGGCUGCCGCUGUGAAACACAAAAGCUUUAUGCAUUUCCUACUCACCUGUGCAUAUGCCAAGGUCACAACACCUGCAAAAGGACAGAAGAUGGGGAGAAUGGCCUGGGCUUCUAUGGCCACAAGCACAACUCUGGACACAGAGCUGUUGCAGGUCUUCAGAUUGGCCAGAUUCCUUCCCCGUACUAUGAAUGAAACUUUUAGGUGCCUUUGGUAAAAGUGCCAAGGAAGCUUCAUUCAGGAACCAAGAGUUGAGGACCUACUAGGUGCUGUGCCUUCUCACAAUUCCACAUACUUCCAAGUGCUUUCUGGGGAUGUCCUGUUGGAACAGAAGGAGCCAGGAGAAUCUGGAGGAGCAGAAUCUAGUCCAUCCCAAACAAACCCUGUGGAACUGUUUGAGGAAUCAGUGUGUCAGAGA